AUGGAGAAUGAUAAUGAGCAAAGCCACUUUGAAGAAGAAAAAAGACUUAAAUUAAAGGAUGAUUCUGAAAGUUCUGAAGACUUCGAUAAUAAGGAAGAUGAAUUAUUAAAUCACCAAGAUGAUAAAAAUGAAUUAUUAAAUCACCAAGAUGAUAAAAAUGACGGAACGCAACG